AUGGGGUCUAAAGCAAAGUCGAGCAUCCCCCUGGCCCAGCCAGGCCGGGAAGGCCAAUCGGAGCAUGAGUCGAAUCAUGCAGCAUCAGGUGGAAAAGAGGCAAAUCCUCGAAACGGAGUCACCAGCUUGAUCACUCUGAAAGGAUACGACAUGCCGUCCACCUUGGAAGAGUUGCUAGACAAGAAAGAAAUCAGAGUUUCCUCAGAACAGAAGACACCAUUUAACAUAAACAGGAAUAUCAUUUUGUUUCUUUAUUUUAUCUUGAUUGUCCUAACGAAUCGUUUAUUUUUCGGAUGGCCCAACUUAUCCAAUCUGUUGUUUCGAGAAGGUGCUUAUGUUUGGAAAUGCACAAAAAAUUCAUCCGGGGGUUACGACAAGAUUGACGACAAGCGAUACGUGUGUGAAGAUCAAGAUAAGGCAGUACAGACUAUCUUCGUUUUUGGAUCCUCCGCUUAUUUUGCUUUUUCCUUUUUUAAUGGCAUCAUCGUGGAUUACCUGGGAUCCCGGUUCAGUAUGCUUCUAGGUCACGUGUUAAACCUGAUUGGCUGGAUUCUGCUAAUCAUUUCGAAUGAGCACUUCGAUGCAUACGUCAUUUCCGGUGUCUUCAUGGCAGCAAGUAUCGAUCUGGCAUCCUUCUCAACGUUGAAUGCCUCAGGCUUAUACCCUGGAAAUGAGAAUCUAAUCGUCAACAUCAUUUCUGGUGCGGGAUCUCUCUCUGCUGGCACGAUGACAGUUCUCGAUUUGCUAAUCACUGGACUGGACUUGAGUUUUAAGACCUUUAUGCUCUGGUACAUGUGCAUCACUGUGCUCUUCUUUUUCAUCCUUACGAUUUUUCUCUUCCCGAAGAGUAGAUACUACAGACAGUACGAGUUCGAUAACUACUACAGUAGUAGAGAUUUGAGCAUGAAGGGAGCGGGGGAUACAUCUAACCGUGGAAAGGGAGGUAGUACCAAUCGGGCUGGAAGUGGUGUCGUCAAAUCGGCAAACACUGCAACCACAUCUGUGAUACAGAAAGAUAUCGAGAUGAACGUGCGGAAGGGAGGCGAUGUGAAUAGCAGCACUAAUAACAGCACCGUGUCAAAUGGGAAUGACAAGAAGAGCAUGUUUAACUCGACGAGCUUUAAAGACCUACUAAAGAUAUGCACCUGUGCGCACUUCUUAUGUCUCUGGAUUUAUGGUCCACUGAAUGCCAUAUACAACACAUUCUACUUCAGCGUGGUCGAGAACAUCCUAUCCAAGGACAAGAACGACAUCCUGGGGUAUAUCCUCCCCUUCUCCUUUAUCCCCUGUAUUAUCAUGGGAAACCUAUCAGACAAGUACGGAGUUAUGGUUAUGUUUUCUUACGAACUUUUCUUCGCCCUCUGUAUGUACGUGUUCAGUUACAUCAAAUCGAAUCUAGCUCAGUGGAUCUCCGUCAUCUCCAAUGCUAUGUAUUCUGCUUGUGCGAAUGGGCACCUUUGGACCUUCAUAUCUUUUACCUUCAGCUCCAAGUACCACUCCACGCUGAUCGGGCUGCUCAAUUUCGUCUGCGGAGUUGUCUCCUUCGUCCGUCUCCUCCUCUUCGAGUGGGCCAAGCAUACGCAAUACGAUUUUACCUACAUCAAUCUUCUGAUAAUUGGACUCAUCGGCAUUAACAUCGGCAUGACCGUGGCGAUUGUGUUUAUUAGGAAGAUCAAGGGGCAGAAGGUUCCCUACGGGGACGAGGACAGCCUCGCCGCGGAGUGA